UGCUUGCCAACUGACAUAACUAUUUUGGGACAGAGGGACAUAGCUUCCACAGCAGCAUCACUAACAAACGCGGAUUGAUUUUUAGGCAGUCCAACACCCAUAACUGCGCAUAAAGGGAAACGUCAGCGAGGACUACGUAGUGCCAGGCAGGCGAAACCGAGACCCGGUUAUAGGCUACCGGACUGAAUCUCUAAUUACUCCUCUCCCAGACAGAGCAGGACCGAGUCAGUCUGGUGGUGUCAGUAAGAGUCAAUAAAACGGAUCAAGGAUUCUAUUUCUGAAGCAAAGAACCUGUAAGGAGAGUGUGCCGAAAACCCGUAUGACAUCACUACGUCCAUCCUUUUCUCCACAUUUCGGGACUGUAUAAAGUGCUUAAUCCAGGAGAAGGACCACAUAAAGAUAACUUAUAUUUUCAGAAAAAGUACGGCGUUUCGGUGAUAUCUUGGAUAAAGUUAUCGACGAUUUAGGUAUGGAAGUCGCAGCCGAUCAAUCUCGGUGGAUGGCGCAUCAUCACGCGGUGUUGAAUGGGCAGCAUCCAGACUCGCAUCACCACAGCUUGGCCCACAACUACAUGGAGCCCAUGGCGCCGCUUUUGCCCCCAGACGAAGUGGAUGUGUUUUUAAACCACUUGGACUCUCAGGGGAACCCCUACUAUGCCAACUCCCGGGCCAGGGUUACAUACAGCCAGGCACAUGCUCGCCUUGGGAGUCCGGUUUGCCGGCCACACCUCAUCCACAGCCCCGGAAUUCCGUGGCUUGACAGCGGGAAGGCGGCCCUCUCUGCUGCCCACCACCAUAACGCAUGGGCGGUCAGUCACUUCAGCAAGCCAGGAAUGCAUCCUGCUAGCUCCGGCUACCCUUGCAGUAGCAGCUCCAGCACUGCUCCGGUGUCUUCCCUCACCCCUGCGUCCCACUGCAGCCCGCACCAUCUCUACAGUUUCCCUCCUACGCCUCCCAAAGACGUGUCCCCGGACCUCGGCCCUACUUCUCCAACCUCCACCUCGACAAGAAUGGACGAGAAGGAGUCCAUCAAAUACCAAGUGUCACUGGCAGAGGGAAUGAAAAUGGAGGGUUGCAGUCCUCUCCGCAACAGCCUGGCUUCGAUGAGUGCCCAAACUCCCGCAACACACCACCCCAUCCCGACCUACCCAUACUCUCUCCCAACACCACACGAAUACGGCGGCAGUCUCUUCCACCCCGGUAGCCUGCUGGGUGGAUCUUCAUCCAGUUUUACGCCGAAGUGUAAAAGCAAAGCCCGGUCGUGCUCAGAAUUCUGCUCAGAGGGGCGCGAGUGUGUCAACUGCGGUGCCACCUCCACCCCGCUGUGGCGGCGGGACGGGACGGGCCACUACCUGUGCAACGCCUGCGGCCUGUACCACAAGAUGAACGGCCAGAACAGACCUCUCAUCAAGCCCAAACGCAGACUGUCCGCUUCGAGACGAGCUGGCACCUGCUGCGCUAACUGUCAGACCACCACCACCACCCUUUGGAGGCGUAACGGUAAUGGCGACCCGGUGUGCAACGCCUGCGGGCUCUACUAUAAACUGCACAACGUCAACAGGCCAAUGACCAUGAAGAAGGAGGGCAUCCAGACACGCAACCGCAAGAUGUCCAGCAAGUCCAAGAGGGGCAGGCGUUCCGGAGAUGGCUACGAUGAGCUGUCCAAAUGCAUGCAUGACAAGUCCUCCCCCUUCGGUGGUGGCCCAGGCCUGGCUGGACACAUGACCCACAUGGGCCACCUUCCCCCCUUCAGCCACUCCGGACACAUGCUGCCCACUCCCACUCCCAUCCACCCUUCGUUCGGCCAUCCUCACCAUCACUCCGGACGGUCGCCGGCCUGGGCUGAGCACUGAAACCUCCUGAAGCCCCUCCAUCACCCCUCCACCAUAUCAUCACCACCAAUGCUUCUGUCUCUAGAGGGGUAAAUUGGGCUCACUGUCAGUAGGACAUUGUUUUGCCUGGCCUCAUUUAGAGAAUUGAUGGAGAGGAGACGUGACUGAAGGGAGAGAGAACGUGAGUGUGCGAAGGUGAAGCGAAACAUGGGCGUGUUGAGUUGCUCCCUUCAAGUUGCCUUUUUUUUUACUGAGUCACUUUGGUACCCCUCCCACCCUAUGAGAGAAAAUAUGUGAGGUAUUAGGAGAACCACUGCUUUCCUGAACCUCUGUAGUGUAAUGAGACCACCCCCCCCCCUCCUGUUGUGGACAGACUGUUCACACCGUGGGUAUGAGAGACUUUCUGAACCAGCCUCCCCACACACACACACACACACACACACACACACACACACACACACACACACACACACACACACACACACACACACACACACACACACACACACACACACACCACUGACCCCUCACCCCUCACAUGCUGGAAUACACACCCACCCGCCUGGUCCCCCUGGACUUUAUUGGAAAAAAAGAAGCAAGCAAACAGAAAGUUUAUAUAAAGUUAAUAAUUGUUAUUAUUGUUGUUAUAAUUGAUGUUAUACUAGUUGUUAUGAUAAUUUAUUUUCACUCUUUUUGCUUUCUUCAGAACACAAGGAUAUUGUUACGAUUAUAAUUUCAUUGUUAUUAUGUAAAGAAAAGAACACAGACUUAUCUUAGACGAGACAUUGUUCCUAAGCUGUACGUUUUUAUCAUUUUGUCCAUCUCACAAAAUAAAGGAAAUCAAGUUUUAAUACUAAAUAAUGUCACUGAGUCCUUUAAAUGUGAAAUGUAUCGUGUCUCUGUCUCUCUCUCGCCGUCUGUGUCUAUUGGAGAGUCAGUGUGAAUUCCAGUGUUGGUGAAGAGGUUUUGAUUCCUGCUGUAUUUCUAAGUGAUAUCAGAUGUAAUGAAGCCAACUCUAUGAUCCCCAAAGUGCAGUCAUGGUUUUGUUGAGCUCCUCCCCUGAGUGAUGUGCUGCUGUUAAUAGAAGGCUUCUUUGUGGAGCUCACGCCCCAGGGUGCACCAGUGUGACCCAGACAGCAGGCUCCAAACCCAGGGUGAGCACAGGGCUCCCACGUCACACACUAACGCGUACACAUGUCCUACAGAAAUACACAUUUUCGGUUCAUAUUACAGUUUUUUUCUAUCGCUUUGGUGCAAUUGUCACAAGUACAGUAUGGGGUACAUUUUCACAACACUUAGUACAAAACAAGGCAGUUGUUUAAAAACUCUUAAGCACAACACACAAAAUCACAGUCCCCUUUUCACCAAACUUAAUCAGUGUUACAUCUCGAAAUACAUGUUUCACAUUGGAAUACAUGUUCAUAUAAAGUAAGUUGCUCUUCACAAUGCAAUGCUCCCAUUACCUUUGAUAUGAUUGUCUUCUCAUUUGUUAAAACACAUUUAACUAUUACUUAAUCCGACUGCUCUUAAUUAAUAAUCACUUAACCAUUUGGUAAACCUACAGCUUUUAAACUGGUUUGCCUGUUUCACACUGCUUCACAAAAAUUGUAUUGGCAAAAAGAGUACUGUAAUACUUUGAGAUAUACAAUUUACGUAGAAGACGCUUUUAUCUAACACGAAAACAGUCCACAACUCUGGUGUUGCUAGGCCCAUGCUCUUAUGAACUGAGCCACGUACAGGACCACUACCACACACAAGUACAAACAAUACUCUAAAAUACAAUACACAGGUUCAAUAUAGAUGGAAUAUGUAUGAUUGCCAACCGCAUGAGCGUACCACCCUCCUUCAUCCCAUAGACGAGGCAUGCAAGGAUUUCAAUCCAGACCUAUGUCAGGCUUUCUCCCCAGGUGCAUGAACAAUGAGGACAUUUACGCCGAUUCCCAUGAGAACUUCUAGCCAAAUUCUCAAGACAAGCUCGAUGCAAACAUGACGUUUCUUUCAUUUAUUUUGUUUGAAUACAUUGUGAAAGAUGUCUUCAGUGGAAAUUUGAUGUUCAGGCAAUUUUAGUGGGUAGUAUUGCCUAAUGUGAACAGUGUAAUGUACAGAAAUGUACAGUGCUGUAGCAAAUUGCAUUCAAAGGACAAUUUUUUAACAUUUUCUAUUUCUAUAUUUUCUAUUGAAAUAACUGGUUGUUGUGUGUUUUGGUGGUUAAAUCGAUGUUCUUAUGUUAUUUUACAGUGAACUUAUUGUUUGGAUCAAUGGCUGUGCGGUAAAAGAUGUCUCAUAACAAAAGUAAUGCACAAUAAAUGGUUUUGAAUAUAA